GAGGUCCCGUGCCCCGACCUCGACGCGUCUUGCUCGCUUGGGGUCAAGCUGUCCGCGUCUCCCCAAUUAUUACGCCCCCGCUGGCGGUACUACCUGACUGGAGUACCUGCCGUAACGUUGUUGUUGAUUGCAGACAGAGAGGCGAGCGAGUGGCUGUCCGCGGCCCGACCCCCGGGACACGCCACGCAACCGCCACCCCCGUCCGUCGCCGUCGCGUCCCCCGAACACAAAGCCAGGGCAGGGAACAGAACAGAACAGAACAGAACAGUGGGACACAGCCACACGCGUCCAGCUCCCGCUCCCGCUCCCGCCCGCCUCGUCUCCGUCUCCUCCGGUUCCUCCUCCCCUCCUCCCUCCGCGCUUCUCUCUGCCCAGUCUCCACCAGAUUUGUUCUCCACCUUUAUGCCGCCAACGCCCCCAUGGCGCCAACCGCACCACGGCCGCCCCGCCGAGCCGCGACCCUGACGCUCCUCCUGCCCGUCCUCCUCCUAUCCUCCCCGUCCCUCUCCUUCUCCGCUGCCGCCUCGCCGCCGCCGCCGUCGAGCCCCGCCCCGCUCCGCGCGCCGCCGCGGCGGGUCGCGUCCGACUCCGACGGCGCCCCCGCGCCGCCGCACCACCCCCCGCACCACCACCACCACCACCACCACCACCGCCCGCCGCCCCCGCCGCCCAGGCGGCGGCUCAACUUCGGCGAGAGGCUCGGGAUCGCCUUCGCCGGCGUCGCCGUGGCAAUGCAGGUCGUCCUCGGCGCGCUCCUGGCGCUGCGCGCCUGGCAGCUGCGCCGGCUCGACAGGGCCGAGGUGUCCUCCUCCACGCCCCUCACCUGACCCGACCUGACCGCCUGCCCGUCUGCUCUGCUCCUUGCUAUGCUCGCCAGAUCCAAGCCCUGGAGUACUUGACCGUAAAAACGUGUGCCAACUUGACUGAGCAGCUGUCCGCUGAAGAGCCUGAAUGAGCAGCUGUCCUAUAUGGAUGUGGGAUGUUCUUCUUGGCACCUGUGUUCUACUCCUUCUGUAUCUAAAUAUUUGCAGUUAGGAAGAACCAAUAUAAUACCCCCAACUACAAUUAUUAUGGUACAGAGGGAAUACUAGUUAGAUACCUUAGCAUUUGUUUGUAGCCGUGAAGUUUAAUUCAUUCAGUCUAAAUAAGUUUUGUGCAUCGAAA